CCAAUCUACACAACACACUCUCUUCCUUCUCUCUCUCUCUCUCUCUCCGCCUCCAUUAUCUUCGAAAGACCAAAUCCAACCCUCUCUCUCUCUCUCCGCCAUUAACCUUUCUCCUUCACAUCCAGAGAGAGAGAAGAUGCAGACGACAAACAACGGUCCCGAUUCGUCAUCAGCCGCAACAACCCCACCGUUGCAGCAAUCCACUCCACCACCUCAGCAGCAGCAGCACCAACAACAGUGGCAACAACAGCAACAAUGGAUGGCGAUGAUGCAGCACCCUGCGGCUAUGGCGAUGAUGCAGCAGCAACAGAUGAUGAUGUACCCUCACCAGUACGCUCCCUACGGUCAAGGUCACUACCAGCAUCCUCAGUUUCAAUACGCUGCGUAUCAGCAGCAGCAGCAGCAGAAUCACCAGCAGCGUGGUGGAUCUGGUGGAGAUGAUGUGAAGACUCUCUGGGUUGGUGAUCUUCUUCAUUGGAUGGAUGAGACUUAUCUCCAUACCUGUUUCUCUCACACCAACGAGGUUUCAUCUGUGAAAGUUAUACGAAACAAGCAAACUUCUCAGUCAGAAGGAUACGGUUUUGUCGAGUUCCUUUCACGUUCAGCAGCUGAAGAAGUUCUUCAGAGCUAUAGCGGUGUAACCAUGCCCAACGCAGAGCAGCCCUUCCGUCUAAACUGGGCGUCUUUCAGCACCGGUGAGAAGAGAGCAUCAGAGAACGGCGGUCCUGACCUGUCUAUAUUCGUAGGAGAUUUGGCUCCAGAUGUCACUGAUGCUACACUGCUCGAGACUUUCGCUGGUUAUCAGUCUGUUAAAGGUGCAAAAGUUGUGAUUGAUUCCAACACUGGUCGGUCCAAAGGCUAUGGGUUUGUGAGGUUUGGUGAUGAGAACGAGAGGUCAAGGGCGUUGACUGAGAUGAAUGGUGCUUUCUGCUCGAGCAGGCAGAUGCGUGUUGGUAUUGCAACUCCUAAAAGAGCUGCUGCUUAUGGUCAACAAAAUGGUUCACAAGCUCUGACACUUGCUGGUGGACAUGGAGGAAAUGGUUCCAUGUCUGAUGGGGACUCAAAUAACUCAACAAUAUUUGUUGGUGGACUUGAUGCUGAUGUUACUGAAGAAGACCUCAUGCAACCUUUCUCCCAGUUCGGGGAGGUUGUUUCGGUGAAGAUCCCAGUAGGAAAAGGAUGCGGUUUUGUCCAAUUUGGUAACAGGCAGAGUGCUGAGGAAGCCAUCGGAAGCUUGAACGGGACAGUCAUUGGGAAAAACACUGUCCGGCUAUCUUGGGGAAGAAGCCCAAACAGACAGUGGAGAGGAGACUCGGGCCACCAAUGGAACGGAGGAUACUCAAGAGGACAAGGUUACAACAACAACGGAUAUGCUAACCAGGAGUCAAACAUGUAUGCUACUGAAGCUGCUGCUGUCCCUGGAGCUUCUUAAAGAGUCUUGGUCAUGUCUUCACUAUCAUAAAAGAAAAACCGUGAGUCCUUGACUUACGGGAAUUGGUUUCUAAAAAAAACAAGCCAUCGGAAAUGUCAAAGCGAUCCGAUGAUUAGUUGUUGGUUCAGAGGUUAGCUCUCUCAACAACAAAACUUAAAACCUCUAGUGUCUAAAGAGGGUUUUGUAUCCUGGAUUUGAAUUUUUGCUUUAUCUUGCUGUCUCUGUCUAUCAAAACUUUGGGGUUGUCUUAAACUUGAAUUUUAUUUCUAAGUUUCUUUAAGUUCAA